UUGGUCUUUGAGACGCAUGUCUCCGAUUAUACUCAGUGAGAUCUUCCUCUCUGGGUUUAUGUUAAACUCCACAAUCAGGCGCAGGACUCAUCUCGUUCAAUCUUUCUCUGUUGUCUUCCUUUACUGGCUUUAUUACGUCUCAUAGUUUCUCAAAUCUCUCCAUCU